AUGCGUUUCACCGUCGCCGCUGCUGUCCUGGCCACCUCGGUCCUCGCCCAGGAGCCCGUCUCCACCGACUACACCACCGAGUUGGUCACCAUCACUGCCUGCCCUGAGACCGUCACCAACUGCCCGGCCCGCCAGCAGACUACCUCCGUGGCCACCAACUACAUCCCCCUGACCACCUCUACCGUCUACGCCACCUCCAUCCACACCAUCACCUCGUGUGGCCCUGAGGUUACCAACUGCCCGGCUCACAGCACUGUCCUGUCCACCGAGACCGUUGCUGUUUCCACCACCAUCUGCCCGGUCACCGCCACUGCCACUCCCACUGUUGUCCCUACCUCCCAGGUCUGGUCCAACAGCACCGGUGUUGUCUACCCUACCGGCCCCGCUGGUGGUGAGAGCUCUGCUCCCGUCUCCGUCCCCGUCUACAGCAUUCCUGCCGUCUCUUCUCCCGUCUACAGCGCCCCCGCUGGAUCUUCCCCCGCUGUCACCAGCGGCUAUGCUGCUCCUACCGGCGGUGCUCCCGGCGCCCCCAUCAGCUCUGCUGCUCCUGUCUGCCCCAGCAGCUCCGUCAUUGCCGUGACCAAGAGCUACACCACCGUCCUCACCUCUGUUGAGUACCAGACCGUCGCCGUCCCCUGCCCUACCGCCCCUGCUGGCGGUAACGGUGCUCCCUCCGGCACCGGUGCUGUUCCUCCUCAGCCCACCGGCCCUGCUGGCAACGGAACCACUGGUGUUCCCCCUCCCGUCAACGGCGCUGCCUCUUUCGCUGGCUCUGCCGUCUUCGCCGCCGUUGCCGGUGUCGCUGCCCUGAUCCUCGCUUAA